UUUCCAUAAAUUCUUCACGCCCCAAACAAAACUUUUCGCUGGCCAUAAUUCUUCGUUUGAUUUGGCGCAAACUUCGAGCUCAGGCUUAUCAAAUGCCACAGAGCCCCGUUUUGCUUUUCAUUAAAAUCAGCUCCGACUGAAAGUUUGCCACAAAGCAAUUUGCUGGAAAAACACAAGACCGAAAAGCGUUGGAAAAACUUUAAACAACGAACGUGACCGAGGUGAAGUUUUCCCUUCUUAACAGCGUUUUUUCUCUGGCUUUUCGUACGGAAAAUAUAGUUUUUGGUCAAACUAGGUCAGCUGGUAGAGCUGGCAGAGCUGGAGAGCAAAAAAUAAGGAAGGGAGAAGGCGAAAGGACGUCAAACAUUUAAAAACAUAAAAGACAUGCCAGAAAUUGCAUGCUUCUUUAAGCAAGGACUUGACUUGAUUUCUUGAGUGCCUCGCCCACAACUCACUCAAGAGCGAGUGAAUCGAGGAAAUGAGUGAGUGGAACGAAAAUUUCCCCUGCCAUGGGAUUCUCAGCGACCCGAUGUAGGCAUUACACUCUGCCAGCGAGCAGUCAGUCAACUUAUAGCCGCUCCAGCGAACGGACGCACCGAAAACCGAGCUAUAGAAACUCUACGGCAAUUCCCAUACAAAACCCGAAAUCGAACCCAUGACUUAUAUAUAGAGCCCAACGAUUUGUUUACGUGUCGUGACGCGAGUGUGCCAGCAGUUGUGUGCGUGUGCCAGACGCAAACAGAAAGUAAAGUUGAAAAGUUAAAAAAUUGAAAUAAAUCAAAGGCAAUCACCAUGAUUAGCACCACGGAUUAUCCAUCGGUGGAAACCACCACAACUGCCGAAGAGCUGUAUGCGGAGUACAUAUCCGCGCCGGCCAGCAGCAUGAGUCCCGCUGCCAUUGCCGAGCACCUGCAGCAGAACCAGAUCACCUUCGAGAUACCCAGUGCCCACGAUCUGCGCCACAUCGACGCCCUCAACUCCUUCAACGCCCUGCUCCAGAGGAUCGGCAAUGCGGCGGUGUCCUACGAUCCCGCUCCGCCCAGCGUCUGGUCCCCGGAUGGCAGCAUCAGCACGGAGCAGCUGUCCAAGUCGGUGGUCCUGGAUCUGGCCGACUUGCGGGACAGGUCCGAGGAGUCGGGCGAGUCCUCGUGGUGGAGCCAGAUCUUCGGGGAUGCGGACAUGCAUGUGAUCAUCAACUAUCUGUGGAUCGGAGUGGUCAGCUCGCUGGUCAUUCUGUCGCUGGUCUUCAUCCUCUUCAGCUGCUACUUCUACAGGAAGUUCCGCACUUGGAAAAAAUGCAAUAAGGACAUACGUGCCCAGAUCCAUGCGGCCAGUGACUCGUACUCCUCGCACCUGGUUGGAUGCGACGCCAGCAGACUGCUGUUGCACCAGCAGAUGCAGCAUCCACACCAUCGGAGCAGCGAGGCUGGCUUCUACCAAAUCGAAUCGCCGCCCUGCUACACAAUCGCCACCGGAUUGCCCAGCUACGACGAGGCACUGCAUCAUCAGCCCCGGCACUUUGCCUACGGCAUGAAGUUCGUUUAUCCCUCGUUGGCGGCCGUGCAUCAUCAUCACCAUUGCAUUUCCAAUUGGGAGAAGCAGGAGCCGCUGAAUAAGCUGCAAAAGUGCAAGCUGUCAGCGGCAGUGGCAGUGGCAGUGGGAGUGGCAGCGGAGGAGGACAAAGCCGACUCCUCAUCGUCCACGUCUGCUUCUGCAUCUGCAUGCCCAUCCCCUUCGGAAUCCAGCAACUUGGCCACAGCAACGCCUGCCAUUUGCAUUAACAUGCCGAAUGGGCGGCAGGAUGAGGAGGUGGAUAAUUCAGAUUCCGAUUCCGCAGUUGCACUGGCAGCGGUGGCGGCAGCGGCACAAAGUUUACAGCCGGCGGCGCCUGCCGACGAUGAUUGCGCCUCAUUGGUCGUUGUUGUUGCCGCGUGAUUGCCCACCCAAGGGUCAGGGGUCAGGGGCUAAGGGGUCAGUCGAGGGUUUAGGGCCGGGAGUAGCAGCCCAAUUGCUUAGUCACUUGUAAAUAGUUGCAUCGUCUGCUAAUGUUGUUUGCCCCAUGUAAUAACAUAUAUCUCCGGGAAUGUACCCUCCUCCCUCCUUCCUCUAAGCAAAUUUAGUUUUCGUUUUUAGUUAUCUGUUAUAUAUUAUUGUAUUACGCAAGACUGAGUAUUAUUUAUUGUACUAUGUAUAAAACCGAAUUGUCUAUCGAUUAAGCCCUAAUAUCUAAGCGAGAGUUAAAGAAAAAAUAUAAAACUCGAAUGAACACAUUGCAAACUAAAUUGAAAUUUUCGUUUUCAUUUCCUUAUCAGUUUUUCAGUUCCCAAUGCCCAAUGCCAAAAAAAUCAUAUCCAAAGUUACGCGAUUUCCACUCCCAUUAUUGACCUUGCUGGCACUGCACGAAUCCUAAUCCCUCAGAUACCCGUACUUUGGGCAGAGCAAAUAUCAGAUGCC